AUGUACCAAUAUAACUUAUACCCUGAUGUGGCAGGAGGGAGGAGAGAGAAUUCUGUGAAGAAAAGAGCCGGAAGCAGAUUGACUGAUGAAUCAUCAUUUGUAACCAGAAAGAAACAUGGUUCAGAUUCCCCAAGCAAAGAAAUAAUCUUAAGACUUCCGAGCACUAAUGAUUUGUUAAAGAAAAAUAGGGAGGCAGUCCUGAAAGAUAUGAACAGAAGUUUUUCCUUUGAGAGACAGCAGGAUUUCCCUAUUCGAAUUGGGACCAAGAUCAUCAGGAAGAAGAAGAAUCUUAUACCAUUAGUCAGAAUGAAAAGUAAAGGUGAUACUUUGAAGAAGGUUAAUAUUGAUUCACCACAAGUGAAGCCUUUCAAAAAUCUUAAAUACAUCAGUGAGCAGAUUCUUUCAAAAUUGUUAAGGUCUAACUCAACCAGGAAUCAAAAUAGAACAAGGGCUAAGAUUCAUGACCUGAAGAUUAGCACAAAUACUAAGAGCUUCGUAAAGAUACAGAAGAAGGAAUCUCAUCCUAUGCUUAUCAAAGCAAUUGACACUCAAAGUGUAUCGAAGGGUUACUCGAAGCAAGACCCAUUCCAAGUUAGCCUUAAAUUUCGGGAAAAAGUAGAAUCAUUGCUUCAAAAGAAUGCUGGGACAAGGACCAGCCAGAAUAUAUUUAGAUCUGGUUUUAAAAUACCUCACAAAAAGUCUUUAAUGAAACCAAAGCCGGCUAGCCGGAACCAUAGCGGUCUACAAAAACAGGGGGACACCUCCAAUCAACAACUAAUCAAUGCCUUUCGUCACACAUCAUCCAAGAAGUUACAGAUCCAGCCUUCGAAGGGAGACUUUAAGAAGAGAAUUCUUGAUUUCUCUCCGAACAAAUUUGUUCGCAGGAAGAUCAAUAUUGGGAAGAAUUUAGGUGGGAGAUCAGGCAAAGAGUAAGACUAAGUGGAGUGUUUA